GGCCGGCCAAACUCUAGUCACCUACUCCAUAUAUAGAUAAGAGAGAAAAAAAAAAAUGAGAAACGUAGGGAGGGAGAGAAAAGAGAGAAGAAAGGAGCGAGAGAGAGACGGUUAGUUCGCCGCCUGGGCAGAGGGAAAUCGCCGGAGUUGUGGCCUAACUAGUUCUCACGCCGGAAGAAGGAGGCCGCCGGUGAACAAUUGCAUCGGGAGGUGAGGCCGACAGAAGUGUAACUGCCAGGCCAGACCACCGGUCCUUCAUGCCGUCUCAUGAUGGCUUGUCGUUGCCGUUUCCGUCGGAGGAAGAGUAAACGUACUCUGCGUUGCCGGCCGGACUUCAUUAACGAGGAAGACGACCGAGUACUUAAAAGGUCGUUGCGGUGAAGAUCGAAAUAACAACUUGAAUAGGAGUGACACGAAACGAGGUGGAGACUUGGUGAUGAUUUCGAGAGCUUCCGCUAGAACACGUAGAUUAAAGUGAUCGAGUAAUUCACAUUUGGUUUAAUUAUAAUACUCAUAGUUACACAAAUUAAAUACGAGAAAUUUGUUUUAUUCACAUUUAUGAAGUUGUAUUGGUGGUGGUUAGCCUGUGCACUCGGUUAUGUGAGAACCGAGUGUGGCGGUAACGCCCCUUAUUUCCAUUUAAAUUUCCGCUGCACAAUUCUGAUGUUUUCAAAUAAAGUUUAAAUUCUUUUGAAUAAAUCAUUAUUUAAAGGUAUUUUUGGGUGGGAAAUUUGGGGGUGUUACAAGUUGGUAUCAGAGACUUUAAAUUUUCCAAAAUGGGAAUCUCAAACAUUUUGGAAGAUUUUCAAAUCGGAGAUUUUCAAAUAAAACUUUCCAUCAAGUGACUGCGGUAUAAAAAAAAAAAACAUACAUUUUCUGAGAUUUUGUUAAACUCGCUUAGGUGAGCUUUUGUUUUCUAGAACCUAUUGAAACUUUUGCAAGAAGAUUUCUCAAAUGUUUUUCAUGUUUUAUGUCAAAAAAAAAAAUUUACUGGUUUUCGAAAUGUGUUUCAAAGAGAAGAAACUUUUAGGAGUAAUAAACGGACUAAGAAAAUAUUUUGUAACAAAAUUUAGGAUGACGUGGUGAGCUUGUGAGAUAUUCAUUUUAUAUAUGUGUGGAAUUAUGUGAAUAUUAUUAAUGGCUUAAACUAGGCAUAUUGGUGAUAUAUCCCCCUAGGAGAGAUUUAGCACCAGGGCUUAUGUGCUAUUGUGCUUCGAUUUUUUUUUUUUUUGUAUUCUGUAGAAUACAAGUUAAGAAUAUUUCUAGGGAAAUUUUAAGAUUAUGCUUCGUGGACGAAUCAUUCUUUUAAGGAGGGUGGAAUGUAACACUCCUUAAAUAUAAGAAAAAGAUUUUAAUAUAACAUGUUAUACAUGUUAAUAGGUACUUGUGAUUUUUUUUUAAGCUUAUGUUUCGGGACGAAACAUCUUUUAAGGAGGGUAGAAUGUGAUACUCCGAAAAUUUCAAAUUAAAUAAAUAAUUAUCUUAUCAAAUAAAAUGUUAUAAAAGUGACAUUUUAAUAGGUGUUAGGUUGACCAGAUAAGAGGUUGACUUAAAUAACAAAAGUGGAGUUUUGUAAAAACUGAUAAGUAUUCAUCUGACAGAAAUUAUUAAAGUGACAUUUUAACAAUUUUAAUGGAUUAAUAAUAGGUGUACAAAUAUACACUAAAUUACAUAGGUAGUACAAAAGUAACAAUGUUAAAAUAAUUGACUUUUCAAAUCUAAAUACAUACAUACCUAUCUAUACACAAUAACAAUAUCAUAUAUACUCCAUACAUAUCAAUAUGCUAUUAGUAUAAUAUAAAAUACAAUGUAUCUGUUCACAGAGACAUAACCACAUCAAUAACAAUAAUAUAUACUCCCUCUGUUCUAAUUUGUUUUGCAAAGUCAACAAUUUUUGGUCAACCAAUAAUAAAAGUCAACCCUCCGUAUGGAUAAUUGAUACAAUUUUUAAUAACUAAAGUUUAUCUAUUCAAAAACUACAUUAAAAUCUCUUCAAAGUUGUAAACUCCAAAUUAGAAUAUAAUUAAAAAUUGACACCCUAAUUAAGUGAACAAAACGAGACUGUUUGAUUGAGAAAAGUCAAAUUUGCAACUCUUUUUGGGACGGAUGUAGUAUAUGCAACUUGCAGACUGAGCCAUGUACAUUCAUGGGGUCCAAAUUAAAGAAAGAUGAGAUAUAUAACAACUCAGACCUUCGGCUGGGGUAGAUAUACCCUACUAAUAAAUACCAAUAAAGUAUACAUAAAUGAUGGACUUGAAUUUCAAUAAUAUACUUGGCUCCUGCAAGAGAAAACAAACAUGAAAUAAUUAACAAUAAUGCAUGAAGCCAAAAAUAAUAUACACAUGCGUCCCAUGCCAUGUGUAUGAUUGCAUGAAGCCAAAAAUAAACAAAGCCAGAACAUUCGUAUGUAUCUCGGUACCUGGUAUAAUAUACUAAUGGUAUAAUAAACAAAGCACAAAGGGAAACCUUUUAUAAUAUACUUGGUAUUUACAUACUCUCUAUAUAUUAAUGUACACUUACCCCAUCGUUUGACGAAACCCAAAGAGGAGGCCGGCCAAACUCUAGUCACCUACUCCAUAUAUAGAUAAGAGAGAAAAAAAAAAAUGAGAAACGUAGGGAGGGAGAGAAAAGAGAGAAGAAAGGAGCGAGAGAGAGACGGUUAGUUCGCCGCCUGGGCAGAGGGAAAUCGCCGGAGUUGUGGCCUAACUAGUUCUCACGCCGGAAGAAGGAGGCCGCCGGUGAACAAUUGCAUCGGGAGGUGAGGCCGACAGAAGUGUAACUGCCAGGCCAGACCACCGGUCCUUCAUGCCGUCUCAUGAUGGCUUGUCGUUGCCGUUUCCGUCGGAGGAAGAGUAAACGUACUCUGCGUUGCCGGCCGGACUUCAUUAACGAGGAAGACGACCGAGUACUUAAAAGGUCGUUGCGGUGAAGAUCGAAAUAACAACUUGAAUAGGAGUGACACGAAACGAGGUGGAGACUUGGUGAUGAUUUCGAGAGCUUCCGCUAGAACACGUAGAUUAAAGUGAUCGAGUCUUCCUCUUACCGCCGACCAAAUGGACAACGCCGAGUGCCUGAGGAACAGAAAGGCGAAGAUGGCUGCGGCCAAAGCGGCCAGGGAGGCCGCCGCCCAUGGUGCCGGACCGUCUGCCUCUGACGCCGCCCGUCGGACUGCAGAUGGUGAGCAGCAUCUGAUUGCCACCCUCCUGAAUGAGGGGGCCAUACCCCAUCAUGCUGAAUCUGCUCUCCCCCCCGCCGGUCGUCACAACGAAGGUGGUUCCCAAGAAGGGGGGCGAGAGGGCCCCAGAGAAGAAACCGAAGAGGGGGCGAGACUGCUCUUCCUCCGGCCCCGUUGUUGAAGAUGCCAACGGUCUCUCCCUGAGCCGGCCGGCGGAAGAGCUUUGGAGGGAGCUUGGGGCCAAGGCCGGCCUCGAACUGGCCCCCACCGGUCGUCUUCUGAAGCGACCAGCGCCGCUCUGGCAGCGGCCAUCCAGGGCUGUUGGUGCUGCAAGCCGAGGCUGCCAGGGAGGCCGCCCUGCAGGAGGCGAGGAGCAAGGCUGAUGCCGCCAUAUUGAAGGCUCGGGAGGUCGCCCGUCGGGCAGAAGAAGAGGCUGCCUCAGCCAGGGAGGAGCUUCGGUCCCUUCGGGCUGAAACUGGCGCCCAACUGGCCUGUCUGGAGAAGGCCGGCUUCAAGCUUAUGCCGGUGCUUCCGGCCCCCAAAGGUGCUAUCCCGGAAUGGUGCGUCGAUACCUCCGGCUACCGGAAUACUGGCGAGUUCAUGGACUCGGCCAAGGAUUUCUGCGCUGGGGCCUUUGGAGACGUGUUCUCUCAUGCCCUGGAGAAGGUCCCGGCGAAGGAUCGUCUGAAAUACGGCGUGCGGCUAAUGGGAAGCUCCCCCUUAUCGCGCCAAUUCCUUUAUGAUUCUGCUGAUAGCGCCUUCGCCGGUGGCUAUAACGAAGGGGUCAAAGCCUUUCUCCCCAUCUUUGAGAAGCUUCUGGGCCCUGUCGUCAACCCGGCCGAUCAUACGGAAGAGGACCUGCUGAUCGAAGCCCUGGGGAAAAUAAGGCGGGAUAGGCGCCGAGCGGCGGCCAUAGCCAUGGGGGAUAUCCCGGAACCCCCAACCCCUGAGCCCGAGCCUCAGGUGGAAGAGCACACUCAUGCCGGGAGCCGGCCAUCGUCCCCCCAUAUGUGCUGAUUUAUAUUUUAGUCUAGCCUUCCUUCCGACUGUAGCGUGUAGACUUGUACUUUCCAGCCGAUAGUGCUGAAGAAUAAAAAUCCAUGUUUUGCCA